UCAUCAUACGAUUUUGCAAAGAGACAUUUUCGCUCUCACGAAGGUCGGUCUGUCUCAAACCCUCCGGACAAUACAGCCUCAGCGCCGUCUUUGUUUAAGAUAAAAUCAAGGAAACCUAGUACCGAGGUUUUCUAUUCAGCCCGCGUGCGUGCAAAUUUUGCCUUCAUUCGAUAGGACCGUUGCGUUCCUGCAGCUGCCGCUUGGAGUGAUCUCCCUCGCGCGCGGGUCUCUCUCUCUCUCUUUCGCUCUCUGUUUCUUUCCCACCAUCGAGCAAGAGAAGAGAACGAAGCACAGAAGAAAUAUACUUUGAAGUCUUGCAUAUUCGAUGCCAAUGAAACCCCUGCCUUCUUCUUCCUCGCGAGUCCCCGUCAAGUUCAGGAUCCCGACGGCUGAUAAUUUGGUGCCGAUCCGGCUGGACAUUGAAAUCGACGGCCAGCGGUAUAGAGAUGCGUUCACUUGGAACCCUUCAGAUCCUGAUUCGGAGGUGGUAGUGUUUGCGAAGAGAACGGUGAAAGACUUGAAGCUUCCUCCAGCAUUCGUAACACAAAUUGCUCAGUCCAUUCAAUCUCAGUUGGCCGACUUUCGCUCAUAUGAGGGCCAGGACAUGUUCGCUGGAGAGAAAAUUGUGCCAAUUAAGCUUGAUAUGCGAGUGAAUCAGACUCUUGUAAGAGACCAGUUUUUGUGGGAUUUGAACAAUUUUGAAAGUGAUCCUGAGGAGUUUGCUAGAACAUUCUGUAGAGAUAUGGAUAUUCAAGACCCAGAAGUUGGGCCAGCAAUUGCCUUUGCAAUUAGGGAACAACUGUAUGAGAUUGCUAUUCACAAUGUCACUUCAGCCAGAGAAAGCAGAGUAAGCAAGAAGGGUCGCCGGGGUUUUGAAUAUGUUCCAGCCAGUAAAGCAGGUGGUAUCUCAUUGGACUUGGUUAAAUAUUUCGGACACAAAACAAGUGUGGUCCGGAAAAGGAAAGAUUGGGAUGCAUUCGAGCCCAUUGUUGAUAUACUCUCGAGCGAGGAAGUAGAUGCGCUUGAAGCGAGGGAAGGGAAGACAACUCGGUGAUGCAUUAGUGACAUUGUGCGUUAAUUAUCAAAACGAAUGCUAGAUGAUACAUUCUAGAGGCUACCUGUUUAUUCUUGAGAAGAGAUUUUCUGUUCAAUUCACUGUGCAUAAAGUCCAUUAUGUUGGCUAAGCUCAAAACUGGACGAAGAUCAAAUCACUGAAUGAAGAUCCUCUUAGAUGAGCCAUUUCAUUGGCUUUGGACUUUCGAUCAUCUGUUCUUGCAAUUUUGGGCAGAGAGCCAAAUCUACUUUCACAUUUUUCA